AUCUGCUCCUUCUGAAUACAUUCUCACCAUAUUGUGGCGAGCUUUUGUGUAAUCUUAAAUAUAUACUUGCAUCUGCUGUGAACACUGGAAAGCAACAUCGUAGGUACAAUUAUAAAUAGAAAAAAAAGAUACGACUGGUUCAAGGAAUCAAAAGGCAUCAAAAUAAUUUGAAUUUUCUUCGCAAGUUUAUCUUUUUGCUUCCGUUAUAAAAUUUUUAAAUAUGUUAGCCGGUACAAAAUCAUUUUUUUUAUUUAUAUAUCGGUGUCAAUAAUGAGUGUCGAAUAUGCAAGUGUCUCCAGGGAAACUAUAUAAUCAUAUAAUUAAACAAAUAUUAAACAACUUGCUUUAAAAGUUGAAAUUUCACGCUUUGACUUCAACUGGAAAUAACUUUGGAUAUAUAUCUAAGCAAUCGGUUGUAUUCUACAUUUCUUGCUCAAUUACAAUUUCAAUUUCCAAUCAAUUUUCAGUUUGUAUAUUGUAUUGUAAUUAUUAGCAUGACUUUAGCGCCCAGCUAUAGCGACAGUGAGCAGGUGCAACCAAAUAUCAUUGACACACAACAAAAGCUAUAAGACCCGCUAGUGCUCCUACACACUUGCACUGACCAGACCUGAUCGAAAAUCAUGCUUCAAGGAAACUUACGAUUUGGAAACUUAAAGUGUAAAACUAAUUAGAUUUCACAGAAGAAAAAGAAACCUUUCGGGUUUUAGCUAGCCGUUAUUCAUUGGGAAUUUAGCGGAAAGAGAAGAGAAAAUUGCAAUUUUAAAAUCAAAAUAAGAUACGUGUUGUGAUUUCGAGACUGCAUUGUUAUUCUACAAGAGUUUGCUCUUACUUUCAAAGUGACUUUGGCUCUAAGUGUGCUUAGCUUUGUAUCAAAAUGGCAGACRCGAAUUGUGAUUACUCRAAAGCAUUGAURCCAACAGAAAACCAGAAUGCAGAGAUCAAGAAAUCGCCAGAUAAAGAACASCUCAGGACGCUCUUGGCAUUCUUCGUGUUUGGAGCUCUCAUAUACGCAAUGUACUCGUUAAUGAUAUCUAGUGCACAAGAUAUUCUCGCAGGGACAUACAUUCAAACAUCUAUGGUUUUAGUAGCAAACAUUGGUCCUUAUGUCGUGGUAACAUUUGUAGCUCCGUUCUUUAUGAAAAAGAUAUCAUAUUUUGUUCGUAUUUGCUUUGUUUUUUUAACGGGCGCUGUUGGUUUUAUCGUCGUUGUAUGCUCCAAAGAAGUUGAGUGGAAGCUGAUUGGCAUCGGAGUAGCGUCUCUUGGUUAUGGAGUGGGAGAAGUUAGCUUUCUCGCGCUGACAUCGUACUUUCAUUCGUCUGCAUUAUCGGCUUAUUCUGCAGGAACUGGCGUAGGAUUUGUGGCAGCACCUCUUUAUUACACAGCCAUGACAACCUGGAUCUGUGUUUCACCAAAGGUCACCAUCCUCAUAAUGGCUGGCAUGUUGAUACUCCUCUUCGUCUGCUAUUACAUCAUGGACAAAAAACACUUAGGAUCCUAUAACUCCCAGCCAACCGUCCACGGGGAGGUAACAUACACCAAAAUCCAAACCACUGAUGAUACUGAGGGUGGUACAGACGGGGAAGAGAAGCCAGACAGGCUGACUGAAAAGAUGAGCGAGGCCAUGUUUGUGGAGCAAGAGCAGUUGACUUUGAAAGAGAAAAUUGCUGCACUAAAGACUAUUUGUUCAUUGACGCUAAUCCCUCUUUUUACCGCGUGGUUUUCGGAGUACCUGGUAAUUCAGUCUGUCCUGACGACCAUAGCCUACACCAACGCGCCAUUUAGACCACGUGAUCACUACCAAUACUACGUUUUUACGUUCAUGAUAGGGGAGGUCAUUGGACGGUCUUAUUGCAUAGUGGUGUCCCACUGGAGACCAAACUGGGACCCAAAACCCACAUGGCAGCUUCUAUGGACUUUAUCAAUUCUCGAAAGUCUUCACCUUUUAUUCUUUAUUUUAGAAUCUUGGUACAGAUUUCUUCCUGGAGUUGGAAUAACCCUAUGUCUUUGCCUUACUGCUGGUUUAAUCAUCGGAGUUCUGUUCAAUAAUGUUCUGAUGUUCUUCAGGGAAGCGUUCGAUGAGAAGCAGCGUGAGUUUAUCAUGGGGUAUUCUGUUUUUGCCAUGGGAGCUGGAAUUCUKUCGGCAGCUCUUYUUGGUCUGAUUGUGGAGCCUUGGCUGCGAAAUCACUGUAUGUAUCAUUUCCAUAAAAGCGAGUAUUGCUUUACGAGAUCGUCCUCUCCCCAGGACAUCACGACAAGAUGUGGCGCUAAGUACCAUGCUCCACUGACGCACUAAGACAGUACUGACUGUAUUUGCUGUUAGAUAGCUUUAGGUACACAUUUCUGAGAGUGAACGCGUUUAGUCCGUGAAAUUGUGCAAAA